AUGGUUGAUUCUCCAAAGCUAUUCCUUCUUCUCUGCACUAUUUUUUUCCUCUCAGGCGUUUCCUUCGCUGAUCCACCGUAUAAAAAUUGUUCAACAAGUAGUAAUUACACCAAAGGAAGCUCCUUUCAGAACAACCUUAACUACAUCCUCGGUUCUCUAUCCUCCAAUGCUUCAAUCUCCAAAUCUUACAAUGUCUCUUAUGGAGAGAACCCAGUCAGAGUUUAUACCCUCUUCAUGUGCCUUGACUAUGUUCCAAAUCAAACAUGCCAAGACUGCAUAGCCACGGCAACACAAGACAUUCUUAAACUCUGUCCCCAAGCAGAAGAAGCAGUUGUUUGGGAAGAGUACUGCCAAUUACGAUAUUCCAGCAAGAACUUCGUCGGAAAAGUGGAUGUCACAGGCAAAUUGGGAUUUGAUAAUCAACAGAACAUCUCAAAACCCAAGGAGUUUGAGUCUGAGGUCAAUGGGUUAUUGUAUAGUCUUACUGAGAAGGUGCAACAAACAAAGCAGGGAUGA